AUGAUCUCCUCCUCAAAGCCUCUCGUGUCUGCCCCUCUCUCUACGCGCCUUCCCCGCAAUCCUCCUCCUCCCCGCAGCAGCAGUGCCACGUCUACCCACUCUUCCCAGUCACCCGUCUCCUCCUCCCUCUCUGCCUCUCCAAGUCCCCAGAAGAAGCGCAAGUCUCUCCCUGCCGCUGCGCCCCCCGCUCCUGGCCCCUCGGAGCCCCCGCGCCCUGUAAAGCGUCUCCGCACCACGUCUGCAGCCCCAGCUGCGAAGCAAAAGCCAAAGAAGAAACCAAAGGCCGCGUCCUCAAAGGCAAGCUCGCGUGCUACCAGUCGCAAUGAGACCGCGCCACCCUCUCCAGAGCCUCUCUACUGCAGCAGUCGCUCCCGCUCAACCUCUCUCUUCCCUCCAACCCUCGACCCCCUCCCCAACCCCGUCCGCGAGCGCCGCUGGAUAACCGACGAGAACGGUGACCCAGGAGAUCAUCAUCUCAGCUCAGAGGCCGUCGUAAAGCGCCUCAUGAAAAAAUACAAGUCUUAUUUCAAGAAUCCAAAUGACCCCAAUGACAAGUCUUUCGAGCCACAUCCUACCAACUAUCCUGUCGUCGAACUCGAGUAUCCCAACUCGUUUGCUGCAGAAAGAUUCAUACUCCUCGCUCCAAAGGACAAAGAUCAUUACAACCCCAUCAUGGACCUUGAAAGGACCUUGUACACCAUUGUAGAAUGUUACGUUCCCAAGGAACACCAGGCCACAUUCGGCCCUAUCCCUACUGACACACUAACCGAGGCCGUAUCCCCUCCCCCGUCCCCGUCUCCGUCCCCUUCUCCGCCCCGCUCGUCCCUUACUUCUCUAUCUUCUUCCGUCUCCUCCGCAGCAGACCGUCUCCCACUUUUGCGCGCCGUUCAGCGCGCAAUCCACCUCCAAGAUGGUCCUCUCUUCCUCAUGGCCAUGAAACGCGUCAACUCUGCCUUGCAAGCCCUCAAGUACCCUGCCCUCUCAAUCACCGAUCCCUACGCCCCCGCGCCCCGCAAUGCCCUUAUGCAGACCGUCGAAGGGUGGACGCAAACUGGCCUGCCCGAGCCCGUCCUCAUGCGCAUCAUCGAGGAAAACUACCAGCGGACCGUAGGUCCGAACGUCCCGAGUUUAAAGCACUACGAGGCCUUUUCCAGCACAGUGUAUGGCGAGCUUAUGCCGUCCCUUGCACAAGAGAUGAUUAGGAUUACAGAGCUCAAAGAAGAUUCGCUGUUUUUGGAUCUGGGCAGCGGUGUGGGCAAUGUCGUUGUCCAGGCUAGUUUGCAGACGGGGUGUACGAGUUAUGGGAUUGAGCUCAUGCCACACCCCGCGAGGGUUGCGAGGGAUGUGGUCGAUCAGAUGAAGGUGCGGUGUAGGAUGUGGGGGGUGGUUGUUGGCGAGAUGGAAUUGGAAGAAGGGAAUAUGUUGGAGAGCAAGCGUGUGGACGAGUUGAUUGCAAAGGCCGACGUCGUUUUGGUGGAUAACAAGGUUUUCGAGACUAGUUUAAAUGAGGCUCUGCGGCCCAAGUUUUUAGAUCUUAAAGAGGGCGCGACGGUUAUUUCCUUAGCGCCCUUUGUCAGCUCGAUAAAUGCGCGGUUGACGAAACGUAACGUUGACGACAUCAGCGCUAUAUUCGAUGUUAAAGAGCGCCCAUACCACUCGGGAAGCGUUUCAUGGGGCAACAAUGGAGGCACAUACUAUCUGCACAAAGUAGACCGCGAAGGGUACUCCCGCAUCAAAGAGAAAUUCGAGACGAUGCACGGUAGCAGCGUCAGACCGGCCAGGAGCUCUCGCUCGCGUAGAUGA